UCCAGGCUCUCCGUACACCCAAAGUACCGACCGCGAGAAUCCGUCUUUGCUGGCAACCCCGAGCAGUAUCGGAGCGACACCAAUGCUGUCUGCAGCCCAUUCUUACGGGAUUGCGUCUUGGCAAUGGAGGACUGUUGCGAAGAGGCCCAUGCGGCGCAGGAGAUCAUCCGCCAAGGAACGCAGGACUUACCUCGUAUGACCAAAGUUCUCGAGAAUGAACGGGUGUUCCUACUCGUUGACGAAUCAACCGUCCGGAAGUACAAGGCGGACUUGACGGACGAGAUUGAACCCCAGAUCAACGAGUUGAUCGCUCGCGCUGAGAAGGGCCUGCAGAUCCUCCUCAAGAAGGAAAGCUUGCUGCAGGCGAAGGUUGAGGCCAGCGCUGCCCAGCCGUCGUCGCGAGGUGGCAUCCACAUGAAUACGGCCGGCGUGAGCAAGCUAGAUGUCAGGCGUAUACAAAUGCUGACCAGACAACGAGAACGACUGGAAGAUGAAGUCGCUGCGCUUCAAAAAGAAAUUGAUGAAUUGGUG